GUGCUGGCCAACAGUAGCAUCACCUUUGAACCUUUGAACCAGGUGCUUUCCAUAUAUAAUAUUUUCAAUUGUAUGCAAAUCGGGAAAUCGUACUGGCGACUUUGACAUUCGUUCGGUUGUGGUGUCGCGCCCUUGCCGGCCGUUAGGUGUGCGGUGUUGAUUUGCUUGUGUCCGUCUUGUUGGCUAACCGGGAAUAUGUUGGGUGUACGGAGGAACCGAAACGGGCUCGACAGAAAGAAGAAAGUCAAGAGAGAAUCCAAUCCGAUAGCUAGCUAUGAAACAUCAUACAGGGAAUCCAUCGAUCAGCCAGAGAGAUUCUGGGCGAAAGUAGCACAGAUGAUAACUUGGGCGAAGCCAUGGAAAAGAGUACUGGAUAACUCGUUUGAACCUUUCACAAAAUGGUUUGUAGGUGGUGAGCUGAACGCAUGUUACAAUGCAGUCGACAGGCAUAUCGACGGUGGAAGGGGGUCGAAAAUAGCCUUGAUACACGAUUCGCCGCUUUUAGGAUCUGUUAGGAAAAUUACGUACUUCGAACUUCACGAAAAGGUUUCUAAGUUGGCUGGUUUACUAGUAAGGCUAGGAGUAGGUAAAGGAGAUAGAGUUGUGAUAUACAUGCCACUUAUCCCAGAAACAAUAAUAGCAAUGUUAGCAGUCGUUAGAAUAGGAGCUGUUCAUUCAGUAGUAUUUGGCGGUUUUGCAGCUUGUGAGUUAUGUGCAAGGAUCCAACAUGCUGAGCCCAAAGUCAUCAUAGGUGCCAGUUGUGGUAUCGAACCUACCAAAGUAGUCAACUAUAUCCAAGAACUCAACGAUGCCUUGACAAUGUCCACUCACAAGCCUUCCAAGUGCAUCAUCUUCCAAAGGAAAGGAGUCGAAAUCGGUGACUUGGACCCACAAAGAGACAUGGACUGGGAGGAAGCUGUCAAGAACGUGGAGAGUGCUCCAUGUGUACCAGUCGAGGCAAACGAACCUCUUUACAUACUCUAUACCUCAGGAACCACAGGGGAGCCGAAAGGAAUCAUCCGUCCAGUAGGUAGCCAUCUGGUGAUGUUGUGCUAUACCAUGAAAGCACUGUACGGCUUAGAUCCAGACGACGUUUGGUGGACAACAAGCGACUUCGGAUGGGUGGUCGGACAUUCGUACAUGUGCUAUGGACCGCUGCUGUACGGCAUGACGUCUGUGAUAUACGAAGGAAAACCCACUACGACGCCUGAUCCUAGUUCUUAUUACAGAAUUAUAAACGACUACAACGUAUCAACCGUCUUCACGAUCCCGACAGUGAUGCGUCUUCUGAAGCAGACAGAUCCUGAAGGCAAAUACGGUGCCGAGUAUGACAUUUCCAGCCUGAAAAGGAUAUGGGUGGCUGGCGAGCACCUGGACCUCACGACCAAAACCUGGACAGAACGGAUCUUCGGGGUGCCUGUAUCCAACCAUUGGUGGCAGACGGAGACAGGAUCCGCUAUCACAGGGACGUGUCAAGGACUGAAGAACGUCUGUGAGGAUGAAGGGUUGACUACGGGGUUGCCUUUUCCUGGAUAUAACCUAAAAAUACUGAGAAAAGAUGGAAGUGAAGCCGAGGCUAAUGAACUGGGCAGGAUAGCAAUAAAGUUACCUCUGGCACCAGGAACUAUGUCUACACUCUACAAGGCAGAGGACCGCUUUGUUAAAACCUACUUCACCAGAUAUCCGGGUCACUACGAUACCAUGGACGCAGGCUACAUAGACGCAGAAGGCAGAGUAUACGUGACAGCUAGAGCAGAUGACGUCAUCAACGUAGCAGGUCAUCGACUAUCCACACUGGCACUGGAGAACAUCAUUCUUGGACAUCCGGACGUCGCAAAUGCGUGUGUGGUUUCGGUGCCGGACGAAAUCAAGUUUGAAGUACCCCUUUGUCUCUUCGUCAUGAAAGAAGGUGAAGCUGUACUAAGCGAAUUCAUAGUAGCAAAAGAACUUGUCACUAUGAUUCGAGAGAGUGUUGGAGCUGUAGCAGCAUUCAAGCUGGCAGUAGCAGUGAGAGGUCUACCAAUGACAAGAUCGGGAAAAAUUUGUAGGAAGUCAAUCUCUGACCUAGCUAGGAACAAGCUCAAAAAGAUUUCUGCGACAGUAGUUGAUCCCACAGUCUAUCAAGAAAUAGAAGAUGCUUUGAAGAAGUUAGGAUUUUGUAAAGACAAGGGGCACAACUACUGAUUUUUUAUUUUAUAAUAAGGUGUUUGAUUUGUGCAUAUAGCUAUAUAGGAUUGCCGCACGAGAACUGCAUUUCUAGCUAUAUUCCAUUUCCAGUAUGAUAGAAAAAUGUUAUCCUGUGAUAUAUGGUUACCAGUGGAUCAUGAACAAUUGUUAUAUUUUUAUACUUGGAGUAUGAUCUCCAAUUAUCCACUCUGAAACUGGAAAAAUAUAUGAAGCAAAAGACAAUAUCAGACUAAACUAGGAAUAUAGCAUUAAUUUGUUAUAUUUUUUUACUUGAAAAUACUUCUAAUAAAGGAUAAUGGAUAGCUCAAUUUUAUGUAAAUUAGUUUGUAGUUAAGUAUGUUGAUAUUAGUGUACAUAAUUUAUUUUAUAUUCUCAAU